AUGAAGAGGUCUAAAAUAAAAAAAAUUAUUCUUACCAACAGUGUCAAAAGUUCUAAAGAUUCCAAACAUUGUUACUUGUGCGAUGCUAUAAAGCGAACCCACGAACAUUACAAUAUAUCAUCAUUACUGACAACUGUCAGCCAAUGGGAUACUAAAGGAUCAAGUAAAAUAAGAAGUAUUAAGCAAUUUAAAUGUUUUGUAUGCAAUUAUAAUUCUAAGUAUUUUAAUAAAUGGAAAACACAUAUCAUGUCAAAUGGACACAUGUCCAUGUGCCACACCUUAGACAAAGUGUGUUCAUACUUCUGUAAAGCUUGUAAAACAUUAUUUUACGGGUCAGAAAUAUGUAUAAGUCAACAUCAAAAAGAUGUGCAUGAUAGUAAAAGUAAUUUGUCUAGUGUAACAAUAUUUAUGUCUGAACUAAUGAGUUGUUUGGAUAUUUAUUCAAAACAUGUUUAUUUUUGUAGUAUAUGUAAAACCGUUUCAGAAACACCAAUUCAUACUUCUGGGAAACAUUUAAAUAAACAAAAAUUGUAUGAUUGUAAAUAUUGUAAUACUACAUUUCUAUGUAACACUGAAGAAUUAGAUUUUCAUGAAGCUAGUGUAGAACAUUUAACAUUUAAAUGUAUUUAUUCAAUAAAAGAAGCUAUCGAAGUAAACAGUUUGAAUAUACAAAAACAAGACCAUGUUACAAAAACUACACAUGAUCUUCAAACAAAACUAAAACCAUUAGAAUUGCCAUUAAUUAUAUUGGACAGAUUUCAGAAAACUUCAAAAUCAAUGGCAAAAUGUAUUUUUUGUAAUGUUCUUAUUCAAUGGAGUGCUCAAAGAAUAGUCAAACAUGUAAAUUUAUGCUUGAAUAAAGGAAAUUUAACAUCAGAAAUGCAUGAAAUUUCGAUUACAGCUUAUGAUUGUGGAGUAUGUAGUUUUAAAACAAAUUCUUUCUUUAGCUUUAAGCUUCAUGUGAUUUCACCUAUACAUCUCACAAAUUCUCACACAAGUGGUGAUUUCUACUCAUAUUUUUGUACCAUUUGCAAUUUAUACAUUUAUGCUUCCAAAAUUCAAAUUAAAGAUCAUUUGAAAAGGAAACAUAAAACAAAUAUUACUGACUUGCCUUUAUUAUCUACAUUUUUAAAAAAUAAUUAUAAUUACAUAAGCAAUCAUCCUGGAUCUGACUUUAUAGACUAUUAUGGUGAUCUGGAUCAACAAUCCUGUGAAAAAGAUUUUCAAUGUAAUGUUUGCAAAAUUUCUUUCUGCAUGUGUAGUUAUGAGUAUAACUUGCAUGAGAUUUCUAGUGAGCAUAUUCUUUUAAAAUAUUUUACGCCAACGAAUCCUUCAUUAGUUGUAAAACAUGGAUAUGAAAAUGUACAAACUUCAUCUACUAUAAAUGCAAACUUAAUUAUAAACAAUGAAGCUUUAAGUAAUAAAUAUUUGUCUUCAAUCAAAACUGAUAAAAGUAAUACAGAAGAAAUUUCAGUAAAUAAAGGUCAUACGAAUAUUAAAAAAAGACAAUUAGAUAUGAAGAGUACCAUUUCAGAAAACAAUAAGUUGUACAAAAAUUGUAAUGAAAGCAAAUCACAUUCAGCAAUUUCAUCUACAAAUACCGAUCAUAACAUACAACAAAAUGUAAACAUUGCUGAUGAUGGUGGUGUAAUUAUAGCAGAUUUAAAUUCUACUGCAGAAAUUCUUUUUAUGGAGCAUGCUCAAGAAGCCUUGCAUUAUGUAGAUGUAACAACAAGUUCUGAUGGUCUGAGGCAGAAGAAUAAAAUGUAUAAUAAACUUAAAAAUACCAAAAAGCAAAAUAAUAUUCAGUCUACUGAUACACAGUCCAAUAUUACAAGACUAUACAAGCAACAACAUCCAACAGACCCAGAUCAAGCAUACGGACAGUAUGUUAUAGAAAGACUUAAAAAUAUACAUAAUGCAUCUCUUAAAAGUAGUAUAAAAAUUGAAAUAGAUGCUAUAUUUUGUACCUAUACCUAA